GACUCCAAUACUGGAAAGGACCCACCUGUAUUUCGGAUCCGAAUGUUAAUAUUAAUACUAAAAUAUUUAGAUUGAUGAUAUUUUUGGGAGUUUUGGUGUGUGUAUUUUUUUUAAUUAAAGAUUAAAGAUUUAUAGUUUGGGAGUUAAUUCACUAAUUGGGAAGGCAAACAGUAUUUUGUUGAUUACCUGUCGACUAACCCGCUCCCUCUUGUCCAAGAAUUCACCAUCUAAAGCAAUGUCCCAUUUUCCCAAAACUUUAUCUUUAGCAUUCACUGAUUUGUUAUUUCGACACCCAUCUUUCUUAAUCACUCGUAUAGUAAGCAUAUAAAAGGGGCAUAAUUUACAGUCUAAUCGUUGUGGAUAAGGGUCAUAAUCACAUCAUCCGCAUCAAGAAACAAAGAAAAUCUUGACUUUUUACUGUAAAAUCUCUACGUCUGGCCAAAACCAUUUGCAGCCAAUUAGCACUCUUGUGGGCCUCCGCGCGGUGCCUGCUUUUUUUCUGGGCUUUUCUCUCAGGGAUUGUGCUUAAUCUAUUGGAAUUUGAUGUUUGGGAUGGUUUCUUGAUUUGGGAGAAAGAUCACAUUUUUUAGGGGGCGUUUAUGUAUAGAUAUAUGAUGCUGUACAGUUCGUUCAGUUCUUGGAUCAGUCAUUUCCUUGCUUGCAUGGGAAGUUGUAUUGGUUGUUGUGAUAAAUCUCAACCCAUCACUGCUGUGGACGAACCAUCGAAAGGGCUGAGGAUUCAAGGCCAGCUGGUGAAGAAACAAAGCAUUUCAGACGACUUCUGGAGCACCAGCACGUGUGAUUUGUUGGAGAACAGCGCGCUUCAGUCACAGAGAAGCUUUUCAUCAAUCAGCGUCUCAAACCAGAGUGUGAGUUGCAGCGGCAGUGGUAGCAACCCUCCAGAGUUUGUAAAUCAUGGUCUGCUGCUCUGGAACCAAAGCCGGCUUCAAUGGGUCGGAACUAAGAAGCCCCAAACCCAUAGAAAGAAUAAGGAACCCGUAUUAAGUUGGAAUGCAAGUUACGAAAACUUGCUGGGGACGAGCAAGCGGUUCCCACAGCCCGUUCCCCUCUCUGAAAUGGUUGAUUUUCUGGUGGAUAUAUGGGACCAAGAAGGGUUGUAUGACUGAUGAAGAUUCAGAAACUGUAUAUCUUCUUGACUGAUAUGCUGUGUAAGUUUGAGCUUUUAAACAAAUGGAUUAUUUGAUGUAUAGUUUGAAAAGGGUAGGGAUUGAUAAUUGUGCAAAUUAUAGAGAAAUAUUUUCAUGACAUAUGAAUAUAUUGUGUUAUCUUAUUAACAUUUUUAA